AUGCACGCCUGCCGCAGCAACACCAAAGCCAGGGUAACAUCUGCACUCAUUGAACAGUACAUCAGAGUUAUGGACCGAAAGUUCAGUGCAAAGGGUCGCUGCGUCGUCUUCACUGUCAACAACUGUUCUACGCAUGGUGCCAUUCAGAACCUCCAGGCGAUACGAAUCGUAUUUCUGCCUCCGAACACGACGUCGAUUUCGCUGCCAAUGGAUCAGGGUGUUAUUCUACAGACAGGAAAGAUCUACAGCAGCCACGUUCUUAGAAGAAUGCUCCUGUGUUAUGAAAACGGCAAGGACUUGCUGGGAGCCAUAUCACUGAUGGCGUAUUCUUGGAAGCUGCUGAAGUCUUCCAUGAUCGAGCAGUGCUUCCGGCAUGCUGGGUUCUUCUCACCAGACACAGCACUGGAUUCUACGGAGGGAGUGACCUCGAUCGACAGCGGGGAAGAUGGCAACUUUUUAAGGCUUUGGGAGCAGGCGAACAUGCAGUCUCCUGACGGAGCAGCGAGCUGUGGGAAUGACGAUGGUGGUGACGAGCCUCCGCGCGUGCCGUCGUUCUCCGAAGUGCUCGGUGCCGUUAGCAUUGUGCGCGGCUUUGUGGAAACUAACGGUGCACAUGGUGACAUGAUGGAUUUAGUGACCUGUCUUGAAAGAACAGUGGCGUGCGAAGGCAGUUUUCGCACGGGACAGACGAAGAUAAGUGACUUCUUUCUGUCUUAG